AUGGCGAUCAGAUGGUAUCCUUAUCUCCUGGUUUUCUUUUUAACUUUAAUAAUCACAAUAAUAGCGGCACCCUCUUCUGAUACAACAAAAGAUGAUAAUGAUAAUAGUGUAUCGGAAUCUCCAGAUCAAAUAUCUUUCCUUCCAGCUGAGAGUGAAAGUAAAGAAACUGAAAAUGAACAGUCUUCCAAGGUUACACCAUCUCAGAAUACACCCGAAACUAGACGAUAUGAUUAUUUAGAUUAUGUGGAUGAUAAUAGCGAACAAAGAUACUCUGAUAAUGAAUAUGGAAUAGCACCCAAUCAACAAAAUGAAGGACAGGGUGACGUUAUGGAACCUUCUUUGUAUUCGAUGCAAGAAGUUGGAGAUUAUCCAGCAUACGAUUUUUCUAACGCUCUUUAUCGUCGUAAAAGAAAUCUUCGAAGUCGAGCUUUACCACUCCGUGAACGAAGUUUCCGAAGUAGUUUGAAAGAUCUGCUAUCUCGAAGAAAGAGAUUAUCUCGCAGAGCUUUAAGAUUAAAGAGGCAAACCAAUGUCGAUAACUUACUCGCACUUUUAGGACCUAUUUCAGAAAUGGAAAAUGGCGGAAGGUUUGAAGAUCUUGAUGAGGUUCCAUCCGGAUAUGGAAUUCUUCCGGUAGAUUUAACAGAACAACAAAAUUCAGAUUACGGUUACAACACUUACGCCGUUCCCGAAACACUGGAAGAUUACGAACCAUCGAGAUUGUUAAUGAAAGAUGAGGAAUUAGACCUGCCCGUAUAUAGACAACACGAUAAUGAUCAGUCUUGGAUGUACAGAAGACAACCCGUGUUUACAGUCGCCCGUCGAUCACCGUCAUACUUCUAUCCGGUUGAUUAUCGUUUUUUGGCAUUUCCAGGACAGAAAAAGAGAUCAAUUAAUCAAGGAAAAUGGGGAAAAGUUGUAGAAACACAAUCUAAUUACAAUCCAUCCGAUGAAUUGGCUAGACUCUACGCUUUGGCCAAUCUUUUAGCUGAAGCGGAAGAACCCGAAUAUCGUUAUCGGCGAUCAGCUUGAAUUGAAUUAUGUAACAUAUCCUAUCAUCUCAACUUAUAGUGUCUGCAGUUUACUUUAUUUGAAGAUGAUUUUCCCCUUAGACACUCUUCCAUGCAUUCAUCGAAUUAUUUGAAAAUAUUGUCAAAUGUAUGAUUCAAUUAAAGUGAAUUGUUUUACAUUGAUAUGAGGAAAUUUUUAAUUUGAAAAAAAAAAAUGUCUCAGGCAAUAUAUAUAUAUAU